GUCCUCAUAAUUAUAAACAUAAAAAACACAACCAAACUACUGUUUGUUUACUUCUCGUUAGCAUGUCGUGUUAUCGUCAGACACCACAUGUCAGCCUAACCCUGUUGAACGCGGAUCUGAGGUUGCAUUAAACUAGGCGACCUUUGCCAAGUUGUAACCAAUAAUGGCGAAGAGUUCAAAAGCAAAAAAAGCCAGGAAAGCUGAUUUUAAAAAGGUGAAAUUAAAAGUUGGAAAGAAACUAAAGAAAGCACAGAAUGAAACAAAGACAGAUUUUAAAGCUCGGAAAAUCAUUCUGAAGGAACAGCUGACUGUAAAGGCAACUAAAACUCUUGUCACCAAGAAACAACAUGACAUCAAAGAACUCCUCUCUCGGUUGAAUUACCACAACGUUUACGUCAGACAAGAUGGUAUUAACGGAUUGCGAGAGCUGGUCAACCGUUAUGAGCCUUCACUAUUACUCCCACACUUGUCAACUUUUAUUGUUCGUGGUGCUCCUGCUAUUUUGGAUUGUGAUCCUCUGAUUAGGACCUCUGCAACUAAAUUUUUGGAGGCCAUUAUUAUUAAAAUGGGCCCAAGCAUUGAGCCAUACUUCAGAGUUUUAGCCACACAUUUGUCAUGUGCAAUGGUACAUCUGAAUGUUGGUGUUCAAGGCGAUUCUCUUCAGUUGAUUAAAGUCCUCAUUAAGCACACUCCGAAACUUAUUGCACGUCAUGCAAACACAGUGCUUACUAACUUUUUAAAUUUAAUUGCUAGAAAGGCAAAAAGUAACAAACAAGAGUCAAAGACAGGACCUUCAAAACCCGUUGUGACCUUCAACUUUUCAGCUCUUCUUCAGCCUAAAGUAAAGAACUCUCUAGCUGGUCAUGCAGGACGCCUUUCACUUCUUGUGGAAUUGUCAAAUUUUCUGGAGGCAGUUUUAGCAGAGCAUGGGCGCAUGCAAAAGGAAAUUCCACAUACAACAUGGGACACAGUUGUGAUGGGAAGUGUCCCUCCAGUCACAUGUGAUGAUUCUGAUAAAGCAGAUGAGCUUUGGCUAUUUACCGACAUAGAGAAAUUGGAAGAGUUUGCCAACACUGUUGUUCGUUUACUUAUGCAGCUUUGGUUAGAAGUUGACGAAGGGAAUUUUGAGGACAGUUCAGCUGGUGGUAAUGCCCUGAAUGAAGAAGGAGUGGAGACCUUGAGUUGUAUUGUUAACAUAAUUAUGCAUAUAUGGCGCAUUACACAGAUAUGCACUCAGGAACAUCCCAGAAAGUGUGGCUGGUUGAAAACACACUUUUCAUCAGAUUUCAUGAGGCGGAUAAUGAAUGGCUUCCCAUUCUGCUGUCAAGUUAGUGCAUUGAAAAGUAAGAAGAGAAAGAAGGAUAAGGAAGCACCGAGUCGUGAAGAUGCAGCAGAAAAACAAAAAUUGAAGCACUGUGAUGACUUGAAUGUACUACUUUCUCUAUUUGGAACGCAGAUGUCAUUAAAAUCUCAUCGGUCUAAAGCUGUGAACUUUCUGUCUCAAUUGCUUCGUGAUGGAAAUAGAGAUGGACAGUACAAUAUGACUGCGGUUGUCAAGAUAAUCAAGGAACUUAUGCCUCCUGCACGAAGACCCGAUAUCCAGACUUUAAUCAGUGCCAGCCACAUCUGUUUUGUUCGACUGCACCCUUUAAAGAAAGACCGUGCACUUCUGUUGGAUCUUUUGCAGGAAGCGUUAGAUAAAGAUCACAGGUAUAUGUGGAGUUACACAAGUGUCACUCAAUGGAUUGAGCAAAUAGUGAAGGAUCUUGUAGGUGGUGAUGUGAGGGAACGUGAACUACAAGUAGCCAUCAAUCUCUGUCUUCGCAACAACACAAAUAUAAGAGGACUUUUACUUAGUGAAAAGGAAAAAAUUCUAGAUGCUGUCAGAAAGAAAGGAAUUCAGGGACUUACUUCAAUUGAACUUGAAAAGAAACUCAGUUUUCUUCUAAAAGUGUGAUUUUUAAAAAUUUGUAACAAAAAUAUAUCAUUUUUCUUAAAACUAAA